AAAGCUGGGUAUCUUAGGAUGUAGGAUUCAAGACUACUUUAUACCCUUUCUCUGAAGGAUUUAUAAAAGAACAACCUGUCAAAUAAAAAUAGUUAAGAGAAAGUCACAAGAGGCUUCUGAAAUGAAUUUCUUUCCUUGAAGACUCCCAUAGUUCUUAUAUACAGAGGAAAAAAACAGUUAAAAUGAGAAUAACUGAAAGCAAUUUUCUCCACAAACACAGUGGUACUUUUGAGACAGAGACACAUACAGAGAGAGAGACACACACAGAGGAAUUACAAGAAAUAGACAAUGGUUUGUGAAGCGGCUAAAAACAAAACAAAAUGAAACAAAAACAAAACGAAACAAAAAACCCCAACAUUAGCCAAGAAAUCAGAGUAAAUCAGGAAGUACAGCAGAUGAGGGUGGAUCCCCAAACCAAGUAUACAGAAUGAAAUAUAGUGAAUGUUUGAAAAGCUAUUGUGUGCUGUGCUUGACCUUAAGGAACAUAUAAAUAUAGGUGGAGAUAAAGGUGGAAGAUAAAGGGUGGAAGUUGAAGAGGCACAGAUUACUUUACAAUGCUGCUUAGCAGGACUUCAAACCUGAGUGCUUGGAAACUACUGGUAAUGAUGAUGUAUGUAUUGGCUGCUUUGAUCAUUUUGAUAGUUUCUAAAAACUUCUCAAAGUUCUGGCCUAAACUGGACUUUCCCAUUUCUAUAUAUCACUGCAAUGCUUCAAGGAUACCCUUGUGUCCUAAAUUAUCAAUCAAACAAACAAAUAUUGACUUGAAAAUAAACAAAAUAAAAAAACAACUAGACCAGCUCAUCCCACACAGGCCAUUCUCUCAUGUCAACACCACCACAAGUGCAGCCCACAGUGUGGUCAGAAUCAUCAAUCCUAAAACCACUUACUGCACAGCAGAUAAGCUAGAUAUUUUGUUGGAGGUGAGAGACUAUUUGGGACAAAGAAAAAAAUAUGGAGGGGACUUCUUAAGGGCUAGGAUUUCUUCUCCAGAUCUGAAGGCAGGAGCUUCAGGAAAAGUGACUGAUUUCAACAAUGGCACCUACCUUGUCAGCUUCACUUUAUUCUGGGAAGGCAGAAUCUCUGUCUCUCUUCUGCUUAUCCAUCCUAGUGAAGGGGUGUCUGCCCUAUGGAGAUCAAGGAAUAAUGGCUAUGAUAAGGUGAUUUUCAUAGGCUAUUUUAUCAAUGGCACAUCCCAGGUCUUCACUGAAUGUGGUCUGCUUCUCAAUACAAGUGCUGAACUAUGCCAGUACCUGGAUCACCGAGAUCAAGAAGCUUUCUACUGUGUGAAACCUCCACAAGUGUCCUGUGAUGCAUUGGCCCAACUAAAAUCUAAGAAUAGGGAAGUUUCCUAUCUUAGCAUCCUAGAGAAAAGCCUCUUUAACAGGUUCAACACAGAGAUGGAGAUUUUGAACAGUUUUGAUUCCAUCAGUGUCUCAGUGUGUAACAAGCAAACAAUAUCAUUAAAAGGGAAAUGCAAACCUGGGAUGUGGUCCCCAGUCCCCACUGGCUAUGUCUGGAAUAACACAUGGAAUCUGGUCUCCUGCAAUUUGUCUCAUUUCUACACUGAGACCCAAAUGAAUGUUUGCUUGAAGGGAAAGCUCAUUUAUAUCCUGGGAGACUCCACGACCCGUCAGUGGAUGGAAUACUUCACAAAGAACAUCAGAACACUGAAGUCUGUUGACCUUCAUGGAUUUGGGAAACUUCGUCGUCAACUUGUUGUGGACUUGGAAAGGAAGAUAUACAUUCAGUGGCAGAGACAUGGAUACCCUUUGAUUGGCUCAAGUAGCUAUUCAGCAAAAGAAAAUGAGUACCUUGCCCGUGUCAUUGACAGAAUAGCAGGAGACAAAAAUACCAUUAUUGUCUUUUCUCUGGGUCAGCACUUUAGGUUUUUCCCCAUUGACAUCUUUAUCCGACGGGCCAUCAAUGUCCACAAUGCCAUUGAGCGUUUAUUCCAGAGAAGCCCAGAGACAAGAGUAAUCCUCAAGGGUGAAAAUACCAGGAAUAUUAAUAAUGAUCCUGAGCGACUUAGUGACUUUCAUGGCUAUGUGCACUCUCUGGUUUUGAAAGAUAUCUUCCAAGAUCUUGAUGUGAGUAUUAUUGAUGCCUGGGAUAUGACUAUUGCCUAUGGUACCAAUGAUGUCCACCCACCUGAAUAUGUGGUUGAAAAUCAGAUUAAAAUGUUCUUAAACUAUAUUUGCUAAAACAAACAAAUAAACAAAAACCA